AUGACUGCCGCACGCCCCCUCCUCCGGGCGCCGCAAGCACGCGGCGAUCGCCGGCGCAGUCCGUGCGGCGAAGCGUUCCGCGGCAGCAAAGCCGCGCACAAGACUGCGGCGCGUACUGUAAAGUACACUCCCGCGGGCGCAGUGCAGUGGCAGUGUAACCUUAGGGUACGGCCGUGUAGGGCCUACUUUAGACUCUAA